AUGACAUCCUCAUACAUCUGUGCAAGCUGCCGGCGAAGCUUACAGAUUGCGAGGGGUCGCGAUGUCACCUCAAGCAUCAAGAGAUGGUACAACCGUCCCUCGUUCGCGCCGAAGCCAGUAAUCGAUCUCAAGCACAUUCGCCAAAAUCCGGGACUGUAUGAGCAGAAUGCCAUCGAUCGCAAUUAUGCCCCGCAAGCACAGAAUGGGUGGCGGAUACUUGAGCUGCAUGAGAAGGAUGUAGAACAGCAACGACAGGCUGUACAGCUUCGACAGCGAAACAACGCGAUUGGGAAAGAGGUUGGCCGGCAGGCGGCGCAGAAAGAUGUGGACAACGAUAGCAGGAGCACGCUCCUAGAGGAAGCGAAGGCGCUCAAGCAGGAGCUUGCAUCGUUUGAGGCAAUAGAGAAAGAAUCGCAUGCAGAGAUGGGCCGCCUGGCACUGGAACUGCCCAACCUAAGCUCGAUGAGCACGCCGGUUGGACAGGAGCCGCAUAUCUUGGAAGUCAUCAACGAAGGCCUGGAUAUUAGCCGGAGCAGGCUGUCGAAGAGUCACGUGGACAUUGGCAAGGAACUGGACAUCUUGGACUUCGAAGCAAGCGCAACGACAAGCGGCUGGGGCUGGUAUUUCCUGAAGAACGAGGGUGCGCUGCUUGAGCAAGCAUUGAUCCAAUACGCUCUUUCCGUGGCCAUGAAACGAGGCUUCAAAGUUAUGACACCGCCCUCACUGGUGUACUCGCACAUUGCAAGCGCAUGCGGCUUCAUGCCACGCGACCAGAAUGGCGAGACCCAGAUCUACAACAUUGCUCAGCAUGAACAUGGCCACUCGGGUGAGAAGCCCGGCAUGGUACUGACCGGUACUGCUGAGAUACCGUUCGCUGGCUCACAAGCCAACAAGACUCUUCAAGCCGCCGAUCUGCCUCUGAAAGUCGUUGGUCCGUCCCGGUGUUAUCGCGCCGAAGCUGGAGCCAGAGGCGUCGACACGAAGGGGCUGUAUCGUGUGCAUGAGUUCACCAAGGUGGAGAUGUUUGCCUGGACCUUACCAAGCACCGACUCUGAUAGCGAACGAUUUUCUGAUGACGAGGGCAGCGUGCAGGCGGAAGAGGCCUUUGCGGACAUGCUCGACAUUCAGAAAGAGAUCAUCAUCUCUUUGGGACUUCACGCAAAGGUUCUCGAGAUGCCUACAGCCGACCUCGGAGCUAGUGCAAGUCGCAAGAUCGACAUCGAGGCAUUCUUCCCAUCACGGCAAUCUAUCGACGAUGGCUAUGGCGAGGUCACAUCAGCAUCAAUCUGCACGGACUACCAGUCACGACGACUAGGGACACGACUCAAGCAUGCCGGCGCAGGUAAGAUCGACUGGCCGUACACAAUCAAUGGAACCGCACUGGCAGUGCCUCGUGUCCUGGCAUGUAUCCUCGAGAACCAUUGGAACGACGAAAAGGGUGAACUGCAAGUGCCCGAGGUGCUCAGGCAAUACAUGCCAGGUAACAUCGCAACCAUCUCGCGGAAGACGGAGGACAAGAGUCAAAAAUGA